CUCGGGCUUUAGGGCGAGCCGCGGCUGGGCCGCCUCCCUGAGCCCUUCCGCUCCUCGCCUCUCUCUGGUCUGUCCCCGCCUCCUCCAGUGCCUCCACUCCCACUACCCAGGAGGGCAGCGCGGGGAGCGAGUGCUGCUUUCGCUUUCCCUUCCCCGUGUCCGUCCUCGCUCCGCGUGCGGCCCUAGGCCGCCGCCCCGGCUAUGACCACGCUCAGGGUCCUGCCCGAAGCCCAAGCCAAGGUGGAUGUGUUCCGUGAAGACCUAUGUACUAAGACAGAGAACCUGCUCGGGAGCUAUUUCCCCAAGAAGAUUUCUGAGUUGGAUGCAUUUUUAAAGGAGCCAGCUCUCAAUGAAGCCAACCUGAGCAAUCUGAAGGCCCUGCUGGACAUCCCAGUGCCUGAUCCAGUCAAGGAGAAAGAGAAGGAGGAGCGGAAGAAACAACAGGAGAAGGAAGACAAGGAUGAAAAGAAGAAAGGGGAAGAUGAAGACAAAGGUCCUCCUUGUGGCCCAGUGAACUGCAAUGAGAAGAUCGUGGUCCUCCUGCAGCGCCUGAAGCCUGAGAUCAAGGAUGUCAUUGAGAAGCUCAACCUGGUCACCACCUGGUUGCAACUGCAGAUACCUCGGAUUGAGGAUGGGAACAAUUUUGGAGUGGCCGUCCAGGAGAAGGUGUUUGAGCUGAUGACCACCCUUCACACCAAGCUGGAAGGCUUCCACACUCAAAUCUCCAAGUAUUUCUCUGAGCGAGGUGAUGCUGUGACCAAAGCGGCUAAGCAGCCCCACGUGGGUGAUUAUCGGCAGCUGGUGCACGAACUGGAUGAGGCAGAGUACCGGGAUAUCCGGCUGAUGGUCAUGGAGAUCCGCAACGCUUACGCUGUGUUAUAUGACAUCAUCCUGAAGAACUUCGAGAAGCUCAAGAAGCCCAGGGGAGAAACAAAGGGAAUGAUCUAUUGAGAGCCUCCUCUCAUUCUGUGAUGGGUCCAGCAGAGACCUUCCUGACUUUCACAGGGGACUCCAGACUUUCCCCACCUUCUGUCUGUUGAGGUUUCUCCCUCACCUUGCCUCCCAGGCACAAUAAAUAUAGUCAUACCAUC